GCUCAAUAACGUGAAAAAUCACGUUAACUCUCCCCACAUUUCACCCUCUCCCUCUUCUUCUGGAUUCACUCACGAUCAAUUCAGGCUUCAGCCGCUUUAAUCCCAAAUUUCCUCCGCCAACCGGCCGAACAUUGCGAGAGGCCAAUUUGAUCUCUACAGUGGAAUUGAGGUAUGCGAGGGCGCCACAGUGAAACAGUGUUGGUGCACAAGCGCACAUCGUCAAAGGAACAUCUCAAUGGCUAUGAUUAUGAUAGAGAAGGAUUACUAGGUCACGCGCAAAGUGGUCAUAUUAGCAAUCCUUCAUGGCAGCGUCCUUUGCCACAUAUUCUCGUGGCAACUAUCUCAUCAUUCUUAUUUGGUUAUCAUCUCGGGGUCGUUAAUGACACGUUGGAGAGCAUCUCUGUGGAACUAGGCUUCAGCGGCAGUACGCUGGCUGAAGGUUUGGUAGUGAGUACAUGUCUAGCUGGUGCACUUCUCGGUUCUUUAUUCAGUGGAUGGAUAUCCGAUGGGCUUUGUCGUAGGAGAGCAUUCCAAUUAUGUGCUCUUCCAAUGAUUAUUGGUGCUUCCAUGAGUGCCACAACUAAUAGUCUGGAAGGUAUGCUUCUUGGGAGGUUCUUUGUCGGAACUGGUAUGGGUCUUGGUCCUCCUGUUGCCGCACUCUACGUGUCAGAGGUUUCACCAGCUCAUGUGAGGGGCACCUACGGGAGUUUCACCCAGAUUGCAACAUGUCUUGGACUUAUGACAGCUCUCCUCAUCGGGAUUCCUGCUAAAAAUGACACUAGCUGGUGGAGAGUUUGCUUUUGGGUAUCUACUAUUCCUGCUGCCUUGCUGGCUCUUUUGAUGGAGUUCUCUACAGAGUCUCCACACUGGCUUUACAAGAGAGGAAGAAUUGCUCAAACAGAAGAGGAACUCGAGAGGCUUUUUGGAGCAGCACAUGUUAAAUCUGCAAUGGCAGAAUUGUCAAAAUCAGAUAAUAGGGCUGAUGAGGUGGCUGCUGUUAAAUUUUUAGAGUUACUCCAUGGACGCCAUUUUAAAGUGGUGUUCAUUGGGUCCGCCCUAUUUGCCUUUCAGCAGCUAUCGGGCAUCAAUGCUGUGUUCUUUUUUUCUUCAACUGUUUUUAAGAGUGCUGGAGUGCCUUCUGAUAGUGGAAACAUAUGUAUUGGAGUUGUAAACUUAUCAGGAUCUAUUGUUGCCAUGAUUCUGAUGGAUAGAUUAGGAAGGAAGCUGCUUCUUGUUGGGAGUUUCUUGGGCAUGGUAGUAGCUAUGGGUUUACAAGUUAUUGCUGCAAGUGAUAUUAUGCCUGCCUCCACAAAUUUAUAUCUAUCUGUUGGUGGAAUGCUGCUGUUCGUCUUGACAUUUUCUUUAGGUGCUGGGCCUGUCCCUGGUCUGCUCCUAUCAGAAAUACUACCGAGCCGGAUUAGGGCUAAGGCGAUGGCUGUGUGCAUGUCUGUACACUGGGUGAUCAAUUUUUUUGUUGGAUUAUUGUUUCUGAAUCUGCUGGAAAUGCUGGGGCCACAAAUUCUGUACACAAUCUUUGGCACCUUUUGCUUGAUGGCUGCAGUUUUUGUGAAAAAAAAUGUUAUAGAAACUAAAGGGAAGUCACUGCAAGAAAUUGAAAUGGCACUCGUUCCGGUUGAUUAGCAGCAGCGACGAAGCCAGCGUUAAGCCAAGCUGCCACCCCAGCGGACACUGGAGUCUGGACCACGGAGGAGCGAGCUGGGUUUGGGCGGGAGAAGAAAUGGAGCAAACAUGGUGCAAAUGGAGUUUCAGCCAUUUCAGAUUGAUGGAGAAGAAAAAGAAACUUCAAGUUAAAUUAUAUUAGUACUAAUUCUUUAUUUUUUAUAAAUAGCAUUUUUAGUUUCUUAUUUUUUAGACUUGAAUAAUGGUAUUAUGGUAGUAUUAAAUCAGCAUAUCUACUAUGUGAAUGACUUCUUCUAUAAUGGA